AUGCGACCGGUCCCGAGCCCGCGGGCGUCUGUUGGCGCACUCCGCGACUACACCCACUCGGCAACCAGCCAAUCCCUCGAGACCAGUAGCUGUUUCUUAGUCACUGAGGCAGAUAUGGAUCUCAAGUUGGAUACCGACAGUAUAGUCCCCCGCGGUCGCUCCAUCAUUAAAUGUGAACCUGUCGUGCAAAGAAACGCCUUGCCGUCGCCGAUGGCAUCCUCGCCAGUCGUCGGUUCAGAGAAGGACACUGUGGCCGAGUUCUCCGCUCCAAAUACACCACAUAUGUAUGGUCUAUCGCGCCCAGAGUCAUCGUUAUCGUUUCUGUCGUCACCACGAAAUCUCUCCAGCUCUUCGUCUGCCGUUGACCGCGACGGCUCCAUUGAAGACGCCAUUAUUACCCAGCAGCACAUGGAAACGUACCGGGAUCUGCCCCCGAGCAGCGCAGGGAGCCCUGUACCACAACUUAUUAUGCCAAACCUCCUCAUUCCUCGUCGUCGUCCUUUUACCACUGUUGGUCGGUCGCUGGGAAAGUUACGACUACUUGUAUUGGGAUCUCCAGGUACUGGCAAAACUUCCAUAAUUCGCUCCAUAUACCAAUGUUGUGAACAUAUCGUGCACAUUGACGCUGUAAAUACUCACUUCAGUGGGCCAGUGUUGGAAACCCAUGCCAGUACGCGUCCAUAUCAAUGGUGGCAAACAGAGAUCCCAUCCGAGACGCUCCGACGGAGAUCGUCCACUUCUGUUGAGGACAUUCUGGACAGGAAUAUUUGCUUUCUAGACUUUACGCCCCAAAGCCCUAUAAGCACACGCCAUGCCUUCGACUUUCUCGAGUCAACUUUGGCUCCGCUAUUGGAAAAGCAAAUGGCCGACGCCGACUUAAUUUCGCUCCUAAGCAACGGCAAUGAACCAAUAGUGCACGCAGUAUUAUACAUGCUGCCAUCAACCGGCCUGACGAAAACGGAUGUGGACGCAUUAACCCGUCUCCAGGCCGUUACGAACAUCAUCCCGCUACUUGCGCGUUCCGACGAGCUCGACGAGCCAGCCAUCGAGGACUGCAAGCAGUAUCUACGAAACGAAAUAGACGACGGGGGCAUCGACGUUUUCUCUUUUACCCUUUUAGACGGAAUGAACGAUCAUACGGGCAUUUUUGCCGUAUCCAACGCCACUCAAACAGAUAACGAUAUCAUGGAUGCAAGCAUUCUCAUGAACUCCGCUUACAUUAAACCGCUGCUGCCAACGGACCUUGAUGCCCUUGUUGAGAGUAUAUUUUCGUUGGAAGGGGCAUCACGCCUCAGGUACUCCGCAGCCGCCAAAGCUGUCAAGUGGGCACAUGAACAGCAUCGAUACCAUCCGUCUGAUUGGGCUCUGACACGGCGCACGUUAAAAUCUGGCUCGACCGUCACAGUACUAGACCCGUUUUUCCAGAUGAGAGAUUGGCGGCGGGUGGAAAUUUGGAGCUGGGCACAGAGCCUGCGACAUAGCCUGGACUCCGAGCGUAUCCUGCACUCCACCACCUCCAACGAGCUCAUUGCGCGAGCCUCGGGCACCGUAGCACGACGCGCUGGUCACCACAGGGGCGAUCGUAAGCGAUGGCAUACACGCCAUACUUACGACCAGGAUCCCCUGGGGUUGGUAAGAUUGGCGGCGCAGGUAAAGAACACAAGCGCAUUUGCUGUUGAGCUUAUUGGUGGCAUCGGGGUUGUCGGAUAUCUUGCGCUCUGUCUGAUGAAGCCUGAUCUCGCGGAUCGAAACGUUCGACUAUUUUCGCCGUCUUUCUUCGCCGUUUAG